AUGUGGAUACCGACGUAUCUGGCGUAUUCAGCCGUACUCGGCCUAUUCCUGAUCGCGCCUAUCAUUGGCAUUUUUUGCGUUUAUACGGAGCGCUGUUGCCGGAGGGGUGGCAAUCGAGAUGAUCAGCCGAAAGAAAUCAGCGAAAACCGAGUGAUCCUGGUAAUGCCGGCUGAUGCACUGCGGGAGGAGGAGCCGAUUUCACACUAUGAGGAUUUGCCACCCUCAUAUUCCGAUCUGUUCCCUAGUCCUUCU